AUGAAGUUCUCUCAGAUCACCCUCAUCGCUGCGGCCCUCGCCUGGCCUGCUGUCGCCGCCGUCGCUGCCGAACCCUCUGAAAAUCUUAACGACCUCGUCACCCGCGCCACUGUUCAAAAGUGUGGCAGCGGCCAGAUCGCCGAGGACUGCCAAAGGUGGUGCGGUUGUGCUGGAAAGAAGGGGAAGACUAUGUGGUGCGAUGAGGAACAGGUUAGCCUGCAGACGUGCAAGGAUAUUGGGUGCAAGUGCAAGAACUGA